UUUGCAGACAAGCCACGCCCAUUUUAAUGCUCUUUGACCUCUAAAAGCUAACAAUGGCACAGCAAGCUGACGGAGAUGUUAGCUCCUUCAGCAGUUGUCUACUCUCAAUAAGAGCCACGGGAACCAUCACAGCACCCAUAGCGAGCUCUAAGAAGAUUAAAUACACCUGUAUCGCAGCAUCCCAGAGUUAUGUGGCACUGGGAGCCAACACUGGGGGUGUGUACUGUUUCCACAGAGACAGUUACAAGUAUAUCCGAAUCCUGGCCAGUAAGGAAGGUAGUGUGUCGAUGAUUCGGUUCUCUCCUACUGGGGACUACCUGGCUGUGUGCAGUGGAGGGGGCUACCUUGGACUGUGGGAACUCAACCUCCAAGAGCAAGGCAUCUCAAAGCGUGUCCACGUGUGCUCUCUACUGAAGGAGGGUGUGCUCAGAGACCUGGUAUGGGACAGCCGGGGGACACGAGUGUUCUUCGGUGACGAUCAAGGGAGAGUGGCGGUCACCCACGCACCAAAGCAACAGAAGUUGUUCAAGAAAUCUGAUGAGCUUCUACUGCAAGAGAAGGUCCCAAUAGUUCAGCUGGAUGUACACCAGGAGCUACUGCUUGUGUCCACACAGACACGCUGCUUCAUACACAGACUGCUAAGCAAGGAGACGGUGCAGAUUGGCACUAGACCCAGGGACGGGAUGUUUGGAGUUUGCUUCUACGAGAGGGGGGCAGAGAAACCCCCCAUUGUGUUCUCUGCUAGACCCGGGGGUCGUCUGUGGCAGGCUGACGUGGAGGGUACAGUGGUGUCUACUCUAAAGCUCAAAGAUGCGGUGUCCAUACCACCCUCUCCUGUACUAGGUGUGGGGUUAUCUCCGGACUAUUCAAGCUCUUCUGAAUAUAUACUCAGUCAUUCUCUCAACUUUGCUCGUCUGACACUCCUCCACGGUUCUCUGAUGGUCGGAUGGGUGAACAAGGACCUCUUCUUGUUUGAGCCGGGAGCGUAUCGACUGGCUGCGUGGACCACUGACUUGGGGCCAAUUCUGGACCUCUAUUGCGAUGGUCAUCAGCUGUUUGUGCUGUGUGAGGGUGGCGGUGUGAGGGUCGUGAGCUUUGUGAGCAUGGAGACAUGUAUACAAUGGCUGGUUAGAUUGGAGCUCCAAGAACAAGCAACACAGGUACUGGCUGCACACAGUGAGGAGAUAUCUGUCAAGAUGGCCUCAAAUGAAAUACUCUACAAUGAUGUACGUACAUUGAUGGAGGGGCCAGAUGAAGCCACACCCACUCUACAAGCCCUCAAAACUCGAUUGGCGGAGCUGGAGGACAAAUACGGUCAUCUAACAAACGCAAAACCUGUCGAUUCUAAAUCUAGUGAAGAGAGUAAUAUCAAAGAGAGCAAUAUCGAAGAAGACGCUCAAUUGGAAAGUGCUCAAUUGGACAAUGGUUAUGAGACAGUUGACCUCACAGCGUAUUCAAACGAUCAUCUUGAUGGUAACAUUGAGACUGACCAUACUGCCACUGUUGAUCAUGUGAUCUCCGAUAUCGACCACAUGACUUCUGAGGAAGCCUCUACCGAUACUCAUGUGACUUCUGACAAAGACCCUCAGGCUGAUUUUCCAUUGGCUUUUAACUUGUCAAGUAAUCAAACUGAACCUACCCUUGACUCCACGCUGAUUCCAUCCGAUCAAGCUGACUCAACAUUGAUUCCAGAUGAUCUAGGUGAUUCGUUAGCUUCUAGCAGCCUAACAUCUCUAACACAGGUAGUCAAUAAUGAUGACACGAUAUCCACGAGCAAAGAAACAAGUAGAUCAAAUUCACGACGAUCAUCCACCAUAUCUGCAUUUCCUGAAGAGGCAGGCAGCGUUCUUUAUAGCCGCUCCCAAUCUCAGACUAUCCCCAGUAGAGUAGCUCCGCGGACAGAGGUAUCCAUGGAGGGAACACCGGAGUACGGCACUAGUGUCCUCUCCUCUUCACUCGUUGGAGGGAGGGUGUCCAUAAGUGAGCCGCAUAGUUUUGAGAAUCGUUUGAGUUUCGAGCCUGAAGGGGUUGACAUUGAGACUAGAGUACAGAAGAGACCUCCUCCGGACUUUGCUAAUCGUGUGGCAGCUGCACUGUCGUCUUGUUCCCCUGACGAUGACGAUGUAGUGGUGGCCGUUCCUGUGAGGAGUAAUAGUGGGAGCUCCAAAGAUGGCGGUAAGAGGAGUAACAAGAAGAAAGGCUCUCGUAAGAAGAAGUCUGCCAGUCCUCAAGGAAAGAGACUGUCCACACCUGACCUGCCAGAAUCUUUCUCCUCAAAGACUUCCUCCCCGUCACGCUCACUGAGUCUCGUCCACAUACCUGAAGAGACCCUUCCCUUCCCUGAGGCCGGUUUUCCUCCGCCCACUCCACCCUCACACCAGAACUCGGCUCUUAGCAGUCAAAGUGUGUCACCGUACCCCUCACGCCCCCACACACCACCACCUGUCCUCACAAGUUCCACAAUUGUUCAAAAUGGCUUCGUACCAAAGUACAUUGAUGGUCCCGUCAACUCGCUAGCAGAAGGGUUCUCUGAGUCUAAUCUCUUUGUGGGGCUACAGAAACCAUCGGUUUUACUGUCCAAGAUGAAGAAUAUAGCCAAGCAAGGUGUGGUGGAGUCCAACAGACUGCAACGGCCUGUCGAGAUGGUGAAAGAACUUCUCUCGUCACUAUCCAGCGCCUCACAAGACUCACAACCCACACUCUACACCAACGAGAAUUUUGUACCCUCCGUAACGACCCCAUCCCCCACCUCACCCCCCCUGGAACAGGGGGAAAUGGCACUCUCACCCACUCCCCCUCCGGUAACGGGCGAGGAGCAAACAGAUGGACCAACUAUGGACCCAGAGACUAAGGAGUUUAUCGAGGCCACCAACUCCACUUGGGCCCUACUGGAGGACCCAUUGCUCUACUGUGCUGCUGCCUCGAUGGCUGGCCCUCUCCAAGAUUGGCUGUCUAAACUAGACACCUAUAGAAGUCACCUCUUAGGAUCUGAGAGGGAGGCCACUAACCGAGGGUGGUCUCUUGAUGUUAAUUCCACUGUUAUGGAAAUCGUCUCCGAUCUAGUUUCUCUGUAUCUCGAAAUGGGUUGCUACAGUGAUGACCUUUCACCUCAAGGCCUGGCGGAGUUUGUGUGCAAGUACUACCCUGUACUGGACAUGUCGAGAGUGUGGACUAUGCUGAGUCAGCAAGACUGGACCGUGAGAGUGAGUGUUUGGAGACAGCUGGCAGCGUGUAUGGAUCCAGGUGAGAGGAGCCUCCAAGAGGUGACCUCUGAUCCUGACCACCCUCAACUGUACCGACUACCAUCUCUCUUGAUGAGGCUGUAUGCAGAUUCCACCCACUCAUUUGUCGAGAAGUGUGUGAGCUGUUACCCCACUAUGACUAUGUGGGAGGUGGCUGUAGCGUGCGAGGUCGGCCAAUCAGAUCACCAGAAUGAGUCAUGUGAUGGGCACCCCUAUACCCACUACCUCAGUCAGCUAGUAGAGAGCAGACAACGUGACGAACUGGCUGCUGUGUGGAGUGCUGACUCAGCAUUGCUACUGAAGUCACUGGGAGCAGCUCUUGAGAGCAAGCCAGUUGCUUCAUUGCUGGAGUUGCUAACGGAAGUGUGUGCUCAGCUGAGAGGGGAGAGUGUCACUCAAGCUGCUAGAGACCUCUGUCUCAAGCACAGGUACUGGUUGGGCGUUGUACGACUGUCUGUUGCCAUGAGAGACAAGAGAAGAGCUCUCUCUGUGCUAGUACACAUGAAGGACCUCUCAUUGUUCACCAGUAACCAGAAAUGGGGUGACCUUCUUGUCACUCUUGAAGACUGGCAACUGUUAUUGGAAUUGCUCUCCUCUCCUGAUGUCCACAUAGAGACCACACCCACUCACGACACCCACUCACAGGCUAGCUCCACUCUGCCCGAGGCCACUGUACAGGACAAACCAGUCCAACCAGAGGCAGACUGUCCCUCAGCCAAACAAGCUACUGUUAUACUAGACCCCUCUCAAACUGUUACAUCACCAGAAACUGACGACGUCAGUAAAACACUGCCAUGUGAUGGAGAACACAAUGCAGUGGCUGAGCUUACGUGGGCGGGAGUGUUGAGGCUAAUGACAGGGGCACUCCCUCCAGAGAUUGUCCUCAAGCUUCUGUCUGGUAACCAUGGCAAAGGGUUCGGAGGUGUUCUCUGUGAGCAGUUACAUGGAGUGCUGACUCAGCUGGUACAGAUUCAGACAAGACAGAGGUCACUAGGACACAGUCUACUGGAGAGGGUGGACCAGUACCUUUGGUCUCCACGACCCACGGCCAUAGCGCCACAACUUCUGACUGUGCAGAACUCUGAGAUGACGGGAAGACAAGAGGAUCACCCCACCCCCCUCAUGAUGACCUCUGUGACCCCUCUCUCUGAAUGGUUGGAGGAUGCGGGAGUACACUGGGGAGUGCGUACAAUGCCAGGCUCCACCUGCCCCCUGUGUAGACUCUCCCUGCUCUCUCCUGUGUCAGACCUCGAGCCAGGAGUCAUCGCUCUGCUAUGUGGUCAUGCCUACCACAAACGAUGCCUACCAGAGUCAGCUUGCGUGGUGUGUUUCUCUGAGAAUGUAAAGACUAACUCAAAGAAACUUCUUAACUGACUUUUGUAAUCUAGUUUUUUUAUGCUUUGUAUUGUGGUGUGUUAUUGAAACUUUUUUGUGUUGUAUGGUUAUUGGUUAUUCCCACUUUAAA